AUGGAAGUUGAUGUACCCUCCCUUAUUAGUUGGCUUCAAAGUGGGGAUAAAGAAUUGCAACAAACGUCUUUGGAAUAUCUUUGCAAUGUGCUUCUGUUUGCCAACGAUAGGAGUUUUGUCGACAAAUUAGACACCACUGAGGUAAUCAGUGCGUUGUUGCAUUUGUUUUCCGAAGACAAUGCCCCGGAUGAUGUGUUAGAACUGAACGCCAGAACACUUCUCUAUCUUUUGGAGAUGCUUGAUGUAUCGACUCUACAAAAUAUCAGAGUCAAGCAUUAUAAAAUCUUAUGUACGCGACUUGACAUAGCCGAUUUUUCGUCUUCUUCUGGCAGUGAAUUGGCUCAGCGAAUUAUCAAGCUCCUGGAUUUCAUAACAAGCAUGACUUCGGAGAAAGCCUAUCUCGGUGGAGUACUGUCAAGUGUUCUUCGAUUUGUUCGAUGGCACUCGGAAGAAGUUCACGCAGAUGUAGUUCAAUCAAGCAUGAAUAUCAUACAUGAGCUAUGCCGCCGUUGUGAGCCUAGCGAUGGGAAUAUGCAAGAGUGGAUGGAGUCUCUGACUGAUCUCCUUAGUCACAGCAACUACGAAGUGGUUGUGAAGAUGGCUCUUCAGUCACUGGGGUGCAUUUUUGAAAGAUUCUCGAGUUCUGGACAGGAUCUCUCCCCUAUCGCAACGAACGAACUUAUCACGAGACUUUCACAUCACCUCUAUAAGGCAUGCGGGAUUUUCCCUGAUAUUCGUGCACCUGGUCUCUCCCUGUUUUACUAUCCAUCAUUUUUGGCAUUUGUGAUGUCUUAUUCUUCGGAACACGGAGACACCUCGUUAGACGAAGAUGAUCCUGAGGCAUUUGCUUUGGAAGGGAAACCAGACCUCAUUCUCGCCAACUCUCUUACAAAUAUUUUGUUGACACUAUUUUGCUGCUCAGCAGACGCUACACGGUACCUUCUGAGUCGAGAGAAUUAUUUGGCCUUCUCCCUAAUUAGUCUCCUUCGCAAUUGCAGGGAUGAAGGCAUGUUAACGAGCGUGUUUCGCCUCCUGCAAGUGAUCAUUCUUAAAUUGGGUCACAAGAACCCUACUACCUUGCCAGAUGUGCAGUCGGCUCCCGGUGAUGGAGUAUCUCUGGAGGAGGCCAACAACGCAGAGAAAGAGGAUUCCAUCUACACUUUAACGAGCUUCUGCUCAUUCAGAGCUGCUAUGGAGGCCAUCAAAAGUGGCAAUAUGGAGUUAGUGAAGAGGCUCCUGUCAGAUGGCCUUGACCUCAGAUACGUGGACAACCAUGGUCAAAGCCUGCUCGACUGGGCUGUCGUCUGUGGCACCCCAGAGGUGGUUGAGACCAUAUGCUCUCAGCCCGAAGCAGGGCUUACAUUUGACUUGGCCUGUGCUCUGGGCUAUGCAGCGGCUUUCGGUCGAGAGAAGGUUUGUCGAAUUCUUCUUCGACACGGUGCAGACCCCAAUGCCACCGGUGAAGACGGGCUUCGUCCGCUUGACAGAGUAAAGGCGGUGAAACCUUUGGGCGGCAGGGAAGUUAUAAAACUUUUGGAAGAAUAUGUGUCGAUGGGAAAGGAGGGCGCCUCGAUUUCUCUCCAUAGAAGCAACCUACAACUCCUACCAAUUUAUCGGAGUGGAAAAGAUGCAUCAGUAGAAGAGCAACUUUUUAUUCUCGCUAUAGAAAUAUUCCCUGGGCUAGUCGACGUCUUUGCGCAGACACAGUCGGAAUCAGUAAAAGCCGGUAUCAUACCCCUGGUAAAGUCGAUUGAUUCGGUGAUGCAACUACCACACUUUCGUUUUAUCGGUAAAAGUGAUGACUGCAGUUACUACUACCCCGUAAGGGAGACUUUGAAUGAGGUAGGGGGAGGGGACUCUGUUCAUUCCUCAAAUUCCAUCGUCGACUUUAUUCCCAAUGAAAGUAGGGGUGACAAUGACGGAACAGCUUCUGAGUUCUCAGAAACGGCGGAUAUCGCUGCAGGGGAAAGUCAACGGCAAACCGAAGAGGAGCAACAAAACGAAGCACCAGCUGUUAUGCACACACCAGGGUACCCUGGGGUCGACGAGCCUGAACCCUAUCCUUUAUCCAGCGCGUAUACUGAGGAGUGGCAGGGGUGGUACAUAAUCAUCUUUGGCAAUUUCCUCUUCAUCUACAACGACAGUGCAGUUGUGCUAUUCGAUAUAAACCGCGAGGACAACACCUUAUGUGGUCUCUAUUUGACUAGUUCGAAGAACAACUUUCCCAUUGAAUUUCGUGGGGAAAUGGAAUUAAUAGAUAAAUCGAUUGGAAGUUUACGACACCAAAUACUUUAUCUCACACGCCACUUCAUCAAUUCCCGCAAUUUCUACCUCGCCAAUGAACGUGUUCAGCACUGGCCCCGCUUCUACCUCGACGACCCCACUUUGGAAAGGAAGCGUCCUCGAUCGAUGAGCAGGAGGAGACUCGAUUCUCAGCCAGGCCAUCGUCAGCGGGCCUCGUCCACUCCACCGCGCCGCAACCUCCAAGUCUUUGGCAAGGAAUUCGAAGAAUAUACGAUUAUACGAACAGACCAUUGGAAGACGUCCAAGGAGUCUAAUGUAGUUGGAGCUGGCAACCUGCUGUUGGACAUCGUCCAGACGGAAAGUGGGUUGCCCCUUUUGCGAGUUAGACCCAAAGGAGUAAGCGAUGAUGCGUUCGUCUUCUCCGCUCGCCCACAUCAAGGCUUCUUUAAACUCCGACCAUGCCCCGAUUUGGCUUUUAUUAUCCAUAAAAUAAUCAACCCACUUUCUGAGGCUAAAGGUUCUGCGCCUAUCAUUAUUAGUAUGGACGGUCGAUUUUGGGUAGUGAAUUCUAGCAGUGGGCGAAUUUUAAAGGACUUGUUUACCGAGAGUUCCCAAGAGAAGUCCACAGCACCAGUAGAAGAGGAGCAGUUGAUUCGAUUUAAAAUGCACUACCUGGCAUCGAGAAUAUUGUCACAUGAUCUGGUCCCCACGACGUCUCCGGACUCCGAAAAACCUCUCCCAUCUGCACCUCCUGAGCGCAUAACAGCGAGGGCUCAGAACCUUAAUGGAUCUAUUUCUGGCACUAAUACUAUCAAUGCCCUGAGCGAAAUCGCUGCAGCACUUGCCAGUGCACCGUAUCAAACCUCAAAGCAAGAGGCAAUGGUUGAUCUCAAUGGGUGUUUCACGCGUCUAGCGGCGAUUUUUUCAACAGGCGAAGAAGCUGUCACACCAUAUGAACUCUCCUCCAGCGGUCUCAUUCCAUCGCUUCUUCUUUGUCUUUCCUCUUCCUCAUGCGUGCGCUGGGGUGGUGUUGUAAAUUCAAAUGAUUCCCACUAUCACAUAGAAUUCCUUCUGCAGCGCCGUCAGACCUUCCUCCGCAUCUUCGAGGGCAACGUCGGUCUCCCCAUCCUCAUUCGCUGUCUCCUAAAUGUUCUUGACCAAACUGAGCGUCUUCCGAUCCAUCUGUUCGAGGAGAUUUCGUAUCCCACUUCGUCAGAUCAAUUAAAGCAUGAGGUGUCGGCUUGCAUGGAAGCUCUGACUUCUGCAAGUCCUUCCACUCUGGCAACAAUAGAGGUGCCGCCGGCAAAAGCACCACGUUCUUGCCCACCUAACUCCUCAAGUUGCUUCGAUUUCACUGGUUAUUGUCGGUCAACGGAAGAGUAUUCACAAGUCCUUCCUCUUGGACUCAUUGCUCCACCUCUUCCCUCCACUUCCGACUUUCAUAAUCACUUGACUGGAGGAGGAGUCCGUGGACUUGUGGACCGUCAAGUGCUUCUGCUCCUGGGUGCAUGGUUUCCUGGCCUCCACACGAGGCUGUGUACGGGAUCUGUAGGAACGCCUCAAGUUCAGGACUCAUUUACAAUGAUAGUCAAACGUCGCCAUGGUGCAACUCGAGAGAUCCGUGUUGGUAGUGGGAAAGGUCGACCGCUUUUUUUAUCACACGGCUUUCCCAGAGGCCGCUCCUGCUUCAUGUCCGCCUCGACUGAGCAUUUUCUUCGCGGUGUCACCCUGGUGAAGGAAUGGCAUGAGUGUUCACGUAAAUCGAUGCCUUUCUUGCGGGAAUUUUGGAAGAAGCCUCGUCACGCUAUCAGCCUGACUCCCGAGGCCUUGCCCUCAACGUUUCAAACUUCCAGUGCGGUGGAAUUGCACAUGGGCCUUUUUGAGUGGAUGGGCACCUACGGAGGAACAGUAGAGACAUGGGUUAACCCCUGCCAAUGCGGCCUCGCUACGGCACUCGUAUUUCACCCUUCCACUCCAGACGUUAUUUGUGACGGAUCCUUGUCAGUCGAACACAGUGCGACAAUAUCGAAUGGUUCUCAGAUAGAGGAAGAGGUGGUGACAGAAGAGGAGGGGAUGAACAAUUUGGAUAGUCGCAUCUUAAAUGGGGAAGAGGUCGGUGCUAGAUUGACCAUUGAAAUAGGUCUUCAACUGGUACCUACUGCUUACCGCUUGAAUACUCUUCGAAAUAAGGAAACUGGCCUCCCUAUAAGAAAUUGGUGUCUCCAGGCUUCAAAUAAUGGCAAGCACUGGACGACACUUUCUGUUCAUAGGGACACCGUUCCCCUCAACGGCACGCCUGUCACUAUACCAUUGAGUCAGCGCAAUUUCAGGCUUUGGUCAGGGCCUCUGAGUGGUAGUACCAACACAACGACUCUGACUAGACAUUUGUCUACCGGAGCAUUGAAUGAAGCCUUUGCCACUCUAGAUGUAGCAUCCGUUUCGACACCAGAGAGUGGUGCAGGGCAAAGUGAAGUUGUGUUAAGUUUUCGCAUUUUCCGCAUAAUGGAUCUAACCGCAAUACCUAAACAAAGCAAUUUGAUUGUCAAGGGAUUCGAGCUCUUUGGAACUGUCAACUUCGUUCAUCCAUCGCUUUUGACACAAGAAAAAUUGGCCGGGUUUCCUGUACACUUCCGGAAUCCGAAGAAAAUUUCCAAUCGUUCAUCUGUAGCAGCUUCCAACCCCGAUUCCUCUAAAGCAUCGGCGGCGGCUCAGUCGGCGAAUCCGACUUCCUCCUCCUCAGAUGUUGGGCAAAAUACUCGCUUCCAAGCAGUUGAAGAUAUUUAUGGCCAUUUUGCACCACCAACGAGCGCGCAAACUGCUGAGACUUCACACCCGUCCGUGGAGAGGAGAGCGUUCGAGUUUGCGGAAGCUAUCGAUGCCUUGAUUGCUUCGAAUAUUUUGCACGAUAUGAAUGAGUCUCUUGCGCCGCCGGAAAAUCAACCACCUCCGAAGAAACUGUGCACUAGAGAGUCACCCAGAAGUUGCAUUAUCAACGACGUUCACACCGAGGCACCCGAGUCUGAGAGUUUAUUCCUCACCAGAGGUUCAUCGGACCAAAUCGGAAAAUCGAUUGGCAGGACCACAGUCCAUGGAGUGAUUGAAGCACAAAGUGAACACAAACUUGAGAAUAAGGAGGCAGAGUUGGAUGAAGCGGUUGAGUUAGCCUUUUCACCGCCUAGGAACGGUCUUGGCAUAACUAAUGUCUCUGCUUCGAGUAGCAGUUUGACGACUGCCAAGUUGCACAUGCUGAAGCAAAUGAGUGCUUUACGUGAGGGUCGACAAUUGAAUCAAUUAGAUCUUCAAAGCUGCGCCGCGAUGUUUCCAUUGGUUCCCGGAUUGAUUCCCAGCUUCGAUCCGAGCGCACCGCAAGCAAGACCAUCGUCAUCUAGUUUUCAUCUUCGGAUAUCGCCGGAUUGCAUGUUCAGCCCAGAGUUUUUCUAUCAAAAAGAAAAAGAAUAUGAUUUGCGUAUGGAAUUAUUCGCUCGCCGAAAGGAUGACUCAGUGGUAGCCUCGGUUCAUAUCGAUGACCUAAACGCUCCCAUUUUCAAGUACAUCCUCAAACUGGCUGAGGAGGUACUUUACUCCCAAAUGGAUAGGGAGACAACUGCCGACGGCCUACCGAUCGUGCAGAUUUCUCUGGAGUAUAGCUUUUGCAAUCCGAGUGAAGAGAGUGAAUAUGAUGAGCCUACUAGCCAAUCAACCUCUUUACUGACUUCGCGUGAUGUGCGUCUAAUUGGUGCACAAGAGAAUCAGUUAGAGCGCUUAGGUAUUCACUCGCCAGGGAGAAUAAAAAGAAGCACGAAAGAGAGGACUGAGGAGCUGCUUGAUCUCCUUCAGCUUCUGGCCAAGUUGACAGGUGUCAUCGAUGUUGCAGAUGUAGGGACGUCGUCGACCCGUUUUUCUACAGCCAGCUCAGACCCCUUGGUUUCCGCGCGUGACUUCAUCUCAUUCAGCCUCACGCGUAAGCUUAAACGCCAACUACAAGACGUGCUAGCGGUUGCUACAGGUCCCACCUUACCUGACUGGUGUAUGAAUUUGACCCAGCGUGUCACCGCUCUCUUCCCCUACAGUAUCCGUCAUCAUUUCUUUAGAGCCUGUGCUUUUGGUCCUGCAAGAUCGCUGUUGUGGCUGCAGAGUAAUGUCGCACCUUCACUAAGCAUCAACGAGGAUUUUUAUGAUCAAAGACGAUUGGUGAGUUAUUUGCAGCGCACAGCGGCCACUCGUUUUGCAGCUAACAUCUCCUCCCACCUCAACCACACGGACUGUGACCUCGGAGCGGUGGAGUCCUCGGAUGAGUUAGUAAUGGAUGUGGACAGUUUUGCACACAGUAGGGGUAGGUGCGACUGUCAUCUGCAAACGAUUGGUCGACUAUUCAGGAAUUUCAUUGACAUACCACGAGAUGAAUCGGUGGAUCUAAGCGGUUGCGGAUUUUGGGCCUGGGCGGAACGUGUUAUGGAUGAGCAUGCUGAAUCCAAGUCAGAGUUAGAGAUUCGCUUCACAAAUGAAGAAGGGACAGGGUUAGGGCCCACACUGGAGUUCUUCAGUCUGUUGGCUCUGGAAUUCCGUCGAAAAUCUUUGGGGAUGUGGUUGACCGACAGUUUUGAACAGGUGGAACCAUUGACGGAGUCGAAUUCGUCCUCCAGUUACAUUAAUCCUUCCUUCGGUCUCUUUCCCACACCCUAUCCUCGCAAUAUCGUGCCCCUUAAUGUCCUUCGUCGCUUCUACAUUAUGGGCAUCGCAGUGGCCAAAGCUCUGCAGGAUAACCAUCUGAUGGAUCUACCUCUAUCGAGACCCUUCCUUAAGUUUCUUGCCUGCUAUGGUAGCUCGAGACAAACACGAUGUUCAGCCGGGGUAGAGGCCUUGGAAGCUGAAUUGAACUUGAGGACCCCUUGUUCAUUGGACGGCAAGGGACUAUCACUGGAAGCAGUCGACACUGGCUUACUGGUCUUCUAG